AUGGCUCUCGCUACCGAGGGCGCAACAAACUCCGUGGAGGCCGUGGCCUUCAGUUUUCUGACGGACAAAGAGAUACUUCAGAGUAGUCGCGUUAAAGUUACCGAUGCCAUUCUUGUCGAUAAUCUCGGUCGUCCCGUACCUAAUGGGUUAUAUGAUCCUGCUUUUGGUCCUUUUGUCGAUAGGUUUCCUUGUAAAACCUGUGGUCUGCCCAAAGAUCACUGCUCAGGUCAUUUUGGUCAUAUCGAGCUCGUUGCCACUGUGUAUAAUCCUCUGAUGUUCACUAUUCUUAGCAAUAUUUUAAAGAAAACAUGUUUCUCUUGCCAUCAUUUUAAGGCUAAUAGAAACGAGGUGGACAAGUGUUUGUCCAAAUUGAAGUUAAUUAUGGAAGGGAAUAUUAGCAAGGCCAAAAGUUUAGAUGGAAUUCAACUAGAUGGACCUCUAGAUUCAGGCGAUUUUGAUGUUGAUGAUGAAAACCAAUGUAGUAGACCCGAGCAACCGAUAAAAAAUUGGACAUCUAUUCAAUUUUCUGAGGCAAUGUCUGUUCUAAGAAUGUUUCUACUUAAGGAUUACAGGAAGUGUCAAAAUUGUGGAAAAGUCAGUCCUAAAAUUACUAAACCAAUCUUUGGAUGGUUUCACGUGGUAAAAUAUUUGUUUCUCUCCUUGCUUGAUUCUAUUUUCAGAAGUUAUAAUUUAUUAACGAAUCUUAGAGAUAUUUUUCUAGUUUUUGCUAGGUUGUAUUGA